GCGAUGGGUAACCGGGAGAUGCAGGAACUGAUCCCGCUGGUGAACCGGCUGCAGGACGCUUUCUGCGCCAUCGGGCAGAGCUGCCACCUGGACCUGCCGCAGAUCGCUGUGGUGGGCGGGCAGAGCGCGGGGAAGAGCUCAGUGCUGGAGAACUUCGUGGGCAGGGACUUCCUUCCACGCGGCUCUGGUAUUGUGACUAGACGUCCAUUGGUUCUUCAGCUCAUCACUUCCAAUAUAGAAUAUGCUGAGUUCCUACACUGUAAAGGAAAAAGGUUUUCAGAUUUUGAUGACGUUCGUCAAGAAAUUGAAGCAGAGACAGACAGAACAACUGGUGCAAAUAAAGGAAUUUCAUCCAUUCCUAUAAAUCUGAGGAUAUAUUCACCAAAUGUGUUGAAUCUGACCCUUGUUGACUUGCCUGGCAUCACAAAAGUGCCUGUUGGUGACCAACCUGCAGACAUUGAAUCUCAGAUUCGAGAAAUGAUUAUGCAGUUCAUCUGUCGUGAUAAUUGCCUUAUACUUGCUGUGACUCCUGCAAAUACUGACCUCGCCAAUUCAGAUGCCUUAAAGCUUUCUAAAGAAGUAGAUCCUCAAGGUCUCAGAACAAUUGGUGUGAUAACAAAACUGGACCUCAUGGAUGAAGGAACAGAUGCCCGAGAGAUAUUGGAGAACAAACUACUUCCUCUUCGCAGGGGUUAUAUUGGAGUUGUGAAUCGUAGCCAAAAAGAUAUUGAUGGUAAAAAGGACAUUCAAGCUGCUUUGUUAGCAGAAAAGAAUUUCUUCCUAUCUCAUACAGCUUACAGACACAUGGUGGAUUGUAUGGGAACAUCAUACCUCCAGAAAGUCCUAAAUCAGCAACUCACCAACCACAUACGUGAUACCCUACCAGAGUUCAGGAGCAAGCUUCAAGGUCAGCUGCUUUCCAUAGAACAUGAAGUUGAAGUUUACAAAAAUUUUAAACCAGAGGAUCCAUCAAGGAAGACAAAGGCAUUGCUGCAGAUGAUCCAACAUUUUGCACAAGAUUUUGAAAAGAAGAUAGAAGGGUCAGGGGAUAAAGUGGAUACACUUGAGUUGUCUGGCGGUGCCAAAAUUAAUCGUAUAUUUCAUGAACGCUUCCCAUUUGAACUGGUAAAGGUGGAAUUUGAGGAAAAGGACUUACGGAGGGAGAUAAGUUAUGCGAUCAAAAACAUUCAUGGUGUCAGAACUGGAUUGUUUACUCCAGAUAAAGCAUUUGAAGCAAUAGUGAAAAAGCAAAUAGUAAAGCUUAAAGGACCAGCUCUGAAAUGUGUUGACCUGGUGAUGCAAGAGCUUCUAAAUACUGUUAGGAAAUGCACCUCAAAGCUUUCUGAUUAUCCAAGGCUUCGAGAUGAAACAGAAAGAAUUGUAGCGCUAAACAUACGGGAAAGAGAGGGGAAGACCAAAGAACAGGUUUUGCUGAUAAUUGAUAUACAAUUAUCCUAUAUUAAUACCAACCAUGAGGACUUCAUUGGCUUUGCUUAUGCACAGCAAAGAUGUAGCCAGCAGAAGAAGACUUCAAUGGGCAACCAGGAUUUAAAUAAAGUGUCUUCAACUUGCCUAAACACUUCGAUGAAGACACUGGAAUCUGAAGACCUCCCACGAGCUGCCCUCAAUCGUGUAUUCUGUGUGGUGAUUCGAAAGGGCUGGUUGACUAUAAGCAAUAUCAGUCUUAUGAAAGGAGGAUCCAAAGACUAUUGGUUUAUUCUGACUGCAGAGAGCCUUUCCUGGUAUAAAGACGAUGAGGAAAAAGAGAAGAAGUACAUGCUACCUUUGGACAACCUGAAGGUUCGAGAUGUGGAAAAAAGCUUCAUGUCCAGCAAACACAUCUUUGCGCUGUUCAACACUGAGCAAAGGAAUGUGUACAAGGAUUACCGAUGCCUGGAGCUGGCCUGUGACUCCCAGGAAGAAGUAGAUAGCUGGAAAGCCUCCCUGCUUCGAGCUGGAGUAUAUCCUGAUAGGCUGACAGAUACAGAAGAAGUGUCACAAGCAGAUAACCUUUCAAUGGAUCCGCAGCUGGAACGGCAAGUGGAAACAAUCCGUAACUUGGUGGAUUCUUAUAUGGCCAUCAUAAACAAAUCUAUUAGAGAUCUGAUACCCAAGACACUCAUGCACCUGAUGAUUAAUAGUGUCAAAGCAUUUAUCCACAGAGAGCUGCUUGCUCAAUUGUAUUCUUCAGAGGACCAGAGCAGUUUGAUGGAGGAGUCGGCUGAGCAGGCUCAGAAACGUGAUGAAAUGUUAAGGAUGUACCAUGCCUUAAAGGAAGCUCUACAGAUUAUUGGUGAUAUUAGCACGUCCACCAUUUCUACUCCCUUGCCACCUCCUGUGGAUGAUUCGUGGAUGCAGUUUCCCUGGUCUCCACCUGCAAGUCCACCUGCCCAGAAAAAAAUGCCUCAGCUUUCUACACCAACAAGACCUUCUUCUACACUAUCAGGUCGUGGUUUUGUUGCUGUUGUGCAGUCACUGAGCUCUCAGCCUGCAGCUCCACCAGUGCCUUCUCGUCCAGGAGCCAUAUCUUCUUUGUCAAAUGCUAAUGAUUCACUUUUCGUGCCACCACAGAUUCCAUCUCGCCCAUCACGUGCACCACCUGGUGUCCCCAGCCGAAGACCUCCUCCAUCGCCCACACGUCUGCCUACCAUUCGCUCAGCGGACUCAACCUUGUUAGACUAAGACAGACUGACCUUCACUGCUCUGCAUUGCAAUGUCCAGUUCUCUUCCUGGCUAUCUUCAAACUUUUAUUACCAUCA